AUGGUAGAGCAGGCUGUUGGUGGAAAUCUUCAAGUCAUAUGGGGAGAAAAUUUUCAGAGAAAACGAGGUAUCAGGCCUAACAACAAAUUGGUGUGUUUUGUUCUUUUCCCCAUUGUUAUGAGAGUGAGUGAAGUAUUGCGUGAAUUGUCUCCACUGCAUGGAUUAGUUAUCUCAACGGGUGGAGGUGCAGUUAUUCGGCCUGUGAAUUGGAAACAUAUGCAAAAGGGUGUCACUGUUUGGCUCGAUGUGCCUUUGGAAGCCUUAGCACACCGAAUCACAGCUAUUGGAACUAAUACUCGACCCCUUUUGCAUCAUGAAUCUGGAGAUCCUUAUUCCAAGACUAUGAAGCGGUUAUCUGCCCUUUAUGAAGAGAGGGGCGAAGCAUAUGCGAAUGCGGAUGUUAGAGUUUCUCUUCAAAAUCUUGCAGCUAAACUUGGAUUUGAGGAUGUAUGCAGUCUUACUCCAACUGCAAUUGCAUUUGAGAUCCGUUUGUACAGUCUUCACAAACAUUAUAACUCCAUAUAA